AUGGGGCGCAAAAAUAUAAAAGUUCCACCUGCCAGAGACAUCCAGAUUGUUGAACAUUCGGCUCUCGUUUGCGCCAAAAUUGCGCCUGAGGCACCCAGUGAAGAAGAGGCCGCCCAGGACUCCAAUGAAGACAGGGAGAGCCUUACCGCGUCUCCAGCUGAAACAGGAGCCCACUACCAGGACUCUGAAUCUUAG